AAAGAGAGAGAGAGAGAGAGAGAAGAGAGAAACUGAUUAGGAAUUAGGACUGAUUCAAGGAAAGCGGGCGCUAGGGCUUUGUGCAUUUGAAUAUUAACAUUUGAGGUGUUCUGACCAGAAGAAGACAGAGCGGAUGAUCAUUCAUUCACCACGUUGACAACCUCGCCUGUGAUUGACAGCUGAAGUGGCAGAAAGCCAUGAGAUUUGGUAGUUGGGUCUGAGGGGCCGCUCUUUUUUUCUUCUUUUCUUUUCUUUUCUUUCUUUCUUUCUUUUUUUUAACUGAUUUUUUGGGGGGGAGGAGAAGAUCUGUCUUUCCCCCCUCCCGUUGCUGUCUUGGAACCAGAGCGCUUUUAUGCUCAGCGACGCGGGCGCCUUGCUUCAGGUCCGGUAGACCGAAGAUCUGGGACUAGUAAUUCACACCGCUGGAGACGCAAAGGGAUUUUUUUUUUUUUUUUUUUUUUUGGUCGUGCUUCAUUUUUUUUCCCCCCCGAAGGAGUCUGCAUAUUUGUUUCUUUUCACACUGGCCUUAAAGAGGAUAUAUUAGAAGUUGAAGUAGGAAGGGAGCCAGAGAGGCCGAUGGCGCAAAGGUACGACGACUUACCCCAUUAUGGGGGCAUGGAUGGAGUAGGCAUCCCUUCCACGAUGUAUGGGGACCCGCAUGCAGCAAGGUCCAUGCAGCCGGUCCACCACCUGAACCAUGGCCCUCCUCUGCACUCGCAUCAGUACCCGCACACAGCUCAUACCAACGCCAUGGCCCCCAGCAUGGGCUCCUCAGUCAAUGACGCUUUAAAGAGAGAUAAAGAUGCCAUUUAUGGACACCCCCUCUUCCCUCUCUUAGCACUGAUUUUUGAGAAAUGUGAAUUAGCUACUUGUACCCCCCGCGAGCCGGGGGUGGCGGGCGGGGACGUCUGCUCAUCAGAGUCAUUCAAUGAAGAUAUAGCCGUGUUCGCCAAACAGAUUCGCGCAGAAAAACCUCUCUUCUCUUCUAACCCAGAACUGGAUAACUUGAUGAUUCAAGCCAUACAAGUAUUAAGGUUUCAUCUGUUGGAAUUAGAGAAGGUACACGAAUUAUGUGACAAUUUCUGCCACCGGUAUAUUAGCUGUUUGAAAGGGAAAAUGCCUAUCGAUUUGGUGAUAGACGAUAGAGAAGGAGGAUCAAAGUCAGACAGUGAAGAUGUAACAAGAUCAGCAAACCUAACUGACCAGCCCUCUUGGAAUAGAGAUCAUGAUGACACGGCAUCCACUCGCUCAGGAGGAACCCCGGGCCCUUCCAGCGGUGGCCACACUUCACACAGUGGGGAUAACAGCAGUGAGCAAGGUGAUGGCUUGGACAACAGUGUAGCUUCCCCCAGCACAGGUGACGAUGAUGACCCUGAUAAGGACAAAAAGCGUCACAAAAAGCGUGGCAUCUUUCCCAAAGUAGCCACCAAUAUCAUGAGGGCGUGGCUGUUCCAGCAUCUAACACACCCUUACCCUUCUGAAGAACAGAAAAAGCAGUUGGCACAAGACACGGGACUCACCAUCCUUCAAGUGAACAAUUGGUUUAUUAAUGCCCGCAGAAGAAUAGUCCAGCCCAUGAUAGACCAGUCCAACCGAGCAGGCAAGUCCCCUCUAGUGACUGUAUUCAAGUCAGGCAAGCGAAAGCCAACCUCAAGCCAUUCACCAGAAGGGCUGCCACCCGUCAGCCAAGGGACACCUUAUAACCCUGAUGGACAGCCAAUGGGCGGUUUUGUAAUGGAUGGUCAACAGCACAUGGGCAUCAGAGCACCAGGGCUGCAAAGUAUGCCAGGGGAGUAUGUAGCCCGGGGUGGUCCAAUGGGUGUGAGUAUGGGACAGCCAAGUUAUACCCAACCCCAGAUGCCCCCCCAUCCUGCUCAGCUGCGUCAUGGGCCCCCCAUGCAUACGUACAUUCCUGGACACCCUCACCACCCAACAGUGAUGAUGCAUGGAGGAGCGCCCCACCCUGGAAUGCCAAUGUCAGCGUCAAGCCCCUCGGUUCUUAACACGGGAGACCCGACAAUGAGUGGACAAGUCAUGGACAUUCAUGCUCAGUAGCUUAAGGGAAUAUGCAUUGUCUGCAGUGGUGACUGAUUUCAAAUCAUGGUUUUUUUUUUUUUCCUGCAAUGACUAUGGAGUUCCAUCCUUGACAUCUACUUUGGACCAAGGAGCAUCCCUAAUUGUUCAUAGGGACUCUUAAAAUGCAGGAAAACCAACUGAAGUCAAUUUGGGGGACACGCAAAAAUAACUAUAUAAGACAUUAAAAGAACAAAGAGUGAAAUAUUGUAAAUGCUAUUAUGCUGUUAUCCAUAUUACGUUGUUUCUUAUAGAUUUUUUAAAAAAAAAUGUGAAAUUUUUCCACACUAUGUGUGUUGUUUCCAUAGCUCUUCACUUCCUCCAGAAGCCUCCUUACAUUAAAAAGCCUUACAGUUAUCCUGCAAGGGACAGGAAGGUCUGAUUUGCAGGAUUUUUAGAGCAUUAAAAUAACUAUCGGGCAGAAGAACCUUUCUUCUCGCCUAGGAUUUCAGCCAUGUGCGCGCUCACUCUUUCUCUCUCUCU